CGUGCGUUCGUACUAGCCCGCUGUCAAAUCCAACCGGGCAAAGCAACCUCAAAUAUCGGCCACCCCUGGUAUUCGUUCCGAAGUUUACCGCCGCCUGCCUGCAAGUGUGCUCGCUACGGAAACUACGCCCCUGCGACAAUACGCAAUGUUCAAGUUCUUGCUCGCGCUCCUGUUCUUAGCCUUUGUCACAUCCGAAGUGGCCGACUUUUUCGAAGGAUGCUUCGAGAAACCGGAACAAGAGCAAAAGCCUGGCGACUGCAUCCUCGCGCCAAAAAGCUCGCUUACUUCAUUGACGUACCGGUACUUCGCCCACCAAGCCCUACAGAACGCCACUAUUCAACCGGAUGAAGGCAACCUGAACACUCUUCUAAACAUAACUCGGGCAGCCGCUCAGUUGUCCAAAGGCCUUGUAAUCAGAGUCGAGUUCACCACCGUCGAGAGCGCCUGCAACAGCUCGGUUACCUAUUCCGAGGAGACGUGCCCGCCAAUUGGAAGUGAGGCCAAUGGACUGUGCCAGGCAGGAUUCCUGUACUAUGGGCACCUGAUGCUUGAUCAUGCCAUGUGUAGACACAUCUAGGAAUAAUG